AUGUCGCAAAAUCAACGCAGGGGCAGAGGAGGCCACCAGAGUCGUGAAGUGACCAUUUCCAAAGCCUUAAGUCUGCUCUUGCGUCAUGCAGCGGAAAAAGAAGGGCUGAAAUUGGACUCUCAAGGGUAUGCCAACGUGGCGGACGUGCUAGCAUGGAAAAAGAUCAAGUCUCUUAAGGUUACCCUUCCUGAAAUCAUCCACGCGGUCGCUUCGUCCGACAAAAAGCGGUUUGCGCUGUUACACAUCCCUUCGGCGAAAGCGAUAAGCGACACGACAACGUCUGGGGCCCGCGAAGGGGAGACCCCCGCCUGCGAAACAGAACCGAGCUCGAUGCCUACGUCGCAAGUACCCACCACCAGCGCGGGGCAAGAGAACGCUACGGCGACGGCACUCGCCGUGGACGAUACAGAUCCGUCUCAUUUUCUGAUCCGAGCGACGCAGGGACACAGCAUUAAGAGCGUGGAAGCGGCCGCGUUUCUGGAGAGACUGACAUUGGAAGACGAGUCAAGGUUACCAGACACUGUUGUGCACGGCACAUACCAUGCCGUCUGGCCGGCCAUUCUCCAGUCCGGCGGGCUUCGGUGCAUGGGGCGGAACCAGGUUCAUUUUGCAACGGGGCCUUCCCUGGAAUCCGUGCUACCUACGCAUGUAGACGGGACGGCGCACUCAGCCAUGGGGUCCUCGGGCCUCAACGAUGGGCGGGUAAUCUCAGGGAUGAGGCGAGACGCGCAGAUUCUGAUCUACAUUGACCUCAAGAAGGCACUGGCUGCGGGGUGUCCGUUCUGGCACAGUGAGAACGGGGUAAUCCUGAGUGAGGGCCUGGACAUAGAGGGGAAUCAGGAGACUGGACAUGGCACGUCGCAGAAGAUUAUUCCCGUUGAAUUCUUUGAUGUUGUCGUGGAAAGGAAAUGUGGGCUGGGGAAGAUUUGGGAACAUGGGCAAACUAUCCAGGAAUUGCCGUCAGAAUUGCUUCAGAAAGGCAAUCCCAAGGGACCGCGAGCAGGAUCGGAUGGGAGGAGAGGGGGUAGAAGAAAUGGAUGA